AUGAAACUUUCCUACGUCGUCUUCUUAUUAGCAGCCCUCUUUUCCAACGCCGAUAGGCUUGAAGCUCCUAUCGAAGGGUACGGAGUGGUAGUGCCGGAAUGGGAGGUUGAAGUGACACCAGGAGGGCCCACGACGGUAUUGAACGGGACGAUCGAGGAAGUGCAUGAUGAACUGCUCCAGUUGAAUCCCGACUGGGAUGAAGAGUACAUCGGAAACAGCACUGCCGAUGCUGGCGAAAUCAACGAGCGAGACGCUGGUUUCAGGCUCCUCGCUCGGACCGAUUUUAGCGAUGCUGCCUAUCGUUGCGGUGGCCGAUGGCCAAAGUGCCGAACCACCUUCAUCAGUCAAGGCAUCUACUAUCUCCGCAGCGUCAAGGGAAAGCCGCGAAACGGACCCGGGCCCGGCAAUUGCGGUCGAGUUAGCUGUUCUUUCAACUCUGCAAUUUGGUGGUGCAAUGAUAACGCUAAGCCAAAGACGCUGAACAGCUUUGGGAGCAUUGCAGACGGUGCUGCGUUUAUUGUCAAGAAAUGUUACAUCCCCGAUAGAGGACCACCUGUGCCAGGAAAGUGGAACAUGAUCUCUGGCCAGGCUUUUCACCAUACCAACUGGAAUGUGAUUGUUAGAAAGGAUAAGUGUUAG